UUGUUUUCAAACCCAAAGAGGAACUGAAAGGUUAGAAAGGUAGAAAGGGAGGACUUUGCCGCUAUUGGCCGACUCAUCUCCCUAUGUCAGAGCCUAUUUGCCUCCAAUUCCGAACCAUCGACAAUCUCAAGAGUGAAGACGUUCAGUGCACUCUACAGUUUCCACGAAUUGCUCUUGCGCCUCUAACGCAGAUAAGACAGGGUUACCACCCACUUGGCCUGGCCUCAACCCACAGCGGUGAUAUACAGUUGAUAUGGCAGGUUUACGACCUCGCAACCGAAUAUGGCCGCCGCCAUAUGCUGUACGUAUAGGUUCGUACCGUUGGUUAUACGGCGGUGGGACGCAUCUUCGCUGUAGUACAGUAAUUGAUACGAAUUGCGUCAGUAGAUCGCAGUCGGGUGGUUUUCAAUGUCUACUAUGCAAUCCAACGAUCUUCAAAUUCCUCCAUAUUUGCUUGGAUGUGCCUAUUGAUGUUGUGACCGACACAUGAUCUAAUGCGAGACUUUGCAGUG